AUGUGGUUCUGUUCAGAACAAGUCGAAGGGGAAGCUGAAGAGGUAGUAGAGGUAGAGGUAGCCCCAGAGGCAGCUCCUGAACUGGAGCCUGAGCCUGAGCAAGAACCAGAGCCAGAGCCAGAGCCAGAAAAAGAGCCAGAACCAGAGCCAGAACCAGAGCCAGAACCAGAGGUGCAUGAGGAAGAGGCCUAUGAAGAGGAAGAGGAGAAGCCCAAGUUCAAACCAAGUGCACCUAAAAUCCCUGAUGGGGAAAAGGUGGACUUUGAUGACAUUCAGAAGAAGCGUCAAAACAAGGACCACAGUGAGCUGCAGGCCCUGAUUGAUGCCCACUUUGAGUGCAGGAAGAAGGAAGAGGAGGAGCUUAUCGCUCUGAAAGAGAGAAUUGAAAAACGUAGGGCUGAGAGGUCAGAACAGCAGAGGAUCCGUGCUGAGAAAGACAAGGAGCGUCAGGCAAGACGUGAGGAAGAGAGGCUGAAGAGGGAGGAGGCUGAUGCUAAGAAGAGGGCAGAUGAGGAUGCCAAGAAGAAGUCUGCCUUGUCCAGCAUGGGCUCCCAGUACAGCAGCUACCUGCAGAAGGCUGAUUCCAAGAGGGGAGGUAAGAAGCAAACUGAGAGAGAGAAGAAGAAGAAGAUUCUGGCAGACAGACGCAAGCCUCUGAACAUUGACCAUCUGAAUGAGGACAAGCUGAGGGAGAAGGCUAAAGAGCUGUGGGACUGGAUGUACUCCCUGGAGUCUGAGAAGUUUGACCAUAUGGAGAAACUCAAGAGGCAGAAGUAUGAGGUCGUCUCUCUCAGAAACCGCAUCGAUGAAUUGCAGAAGCACUCCAAGAAAGGUGCUGCUGCUCGCCGCAGAAAGUAAGGGUUACAUGGAAAAAUCGACAUUCGUGGUCAAGACAUGGCUGUUGCCUGUAUCUUCAAACUCUGCACACACUCUCCAGGCCUCUCCGACCCCACCCAUGACCACACCCUGCAUGACAUCAACAUGGUUCGGUCUUAGCAAUAGUUGCAGUAGGCACCUCCUCCUCCCUCCUCACCUCUCUAAGUUCUCGCCUUCUGUUUUUGUAAAUAAUGUUUUGGCUCGCCAGCUUUGUCUGCUGCAAUGUAACUGUCUGGCAGUUCAAUAAAAUUAUUCUUCAAGACUGAUCAACUAAA